AUGACAACUUCUCAAAUAAUUCAAGAUGGAGAUAAUAAAUCUCCUUCGUUAAUAGUACCAAUAACAACUAAUUUAUCACCUACAUCAGGAAAUUCCAUAGAUUUUUCCUCAUUUUUAGCAAAAGAAUUUAAUGUUAAAGCAUGGAUAAAUGAUACACUUUCUAAUGUAAAUUUAAAUACUUCACCAACUUCAAAUUCUUCUAAUUCGAUUUCUACAUCCGAUAUUGAUGAAACUAUCAAGUCAGAUAUUAAAUCUACUCAUGAUAUUCCAUCUAUUAAUGAAUUACAAUCAUUAGAAUAUCAUUCUUCAGCUUUAGUAGAAAAACUUCAAUUUUUAAAUCAAGAAAUUUCACUUCGUUUAGAAAAAAUUAUAGAUGAUGUGGUUAAAGGUAUUCCGAAUAUAACGUCCGACCUUCAAAUAAUGUCACAAGAUGUUAUUAAUUUAAAACAAAAUGUUCUUCAUGUAAAAUCUAAUCUUACAACUAUCGAUGAAAAUUCUGGUAAACCUUUGGAACGAUUAAAAUAUCUUGAUUUAGUUAAAUCUCGUAUGGAAAGUUCAAGAGAUUUAUUAAGAGAAGCAGAAAAUUGGAAUAAUUUAGAAGCUGAAGCUAGUACAAUUUUCGCAUCUCAAGAUUAUCAAAAAGCUAGUAUGAGAUUACAAGAUGCAGAAAAAAGUUUGGUAAUAUUUCAGAAUACUCCAGAAUAUGAAGAAAGAAGAAAAUUAUUAACGGAACUUCAAAAUCAACUUGAAGCUACUGUUAGUCCACAAUUGGUUGCAGCGUUAAGUCAACAUGAUACUAGUGCUUGUCAAAAAUUUUAUAUUAUAUUUAGUCAAAUUGGAAGGAAGAAAGAAUUUUGUAAUUAUUAUUAUGGUUCAAGGAAAGCACCACUCGUUAAAAUGUGGCAAAAUGCAGCAUUAAUUGAGACCGAUCAAUCUCAAGUAACUCAAGUAUCUAAUUCAACUACAAAUUCCGUUGUUUCUCCUGUAAACAUGAUCACUUCAGCAUCAUCUACUUUUCAUGAUCAACAACCUUUAUCUCCAAAAUCACCUUCUCAACCUCAAUUUCGAAAAAAAUUUGUAGAAUUUUUAAAAGAUUUUUUACAAGAAUUAUUCGUCGUUUUAAAUGAAGAAUAUACAUGGUGUGGUAAUGUAUUCCCGGAUAAUAAUGAAACAUUAAUAGCUUUAAUUGAAAACAUUUUUAAUUCUUUAAAACCUUCAUUGGGAUCUAGAUUAACAAUGUUAGUUAAUUAUUAUAAUGAACAAAGUUUACCAGAAAUUAUUAAUGCAUUUAUGAUAACCGAAAAUUUUGGUAGACAAAUGGAAAGAGUUUUAUUUAAUCCUAUUCAAAUUGGUUCAACUGCUAGUCGUAUUUUAACAUCUUUAGGAAACAAAAAUUUUUCCAAAGGAAGUUUAAUUAAUUGGGGAAAUGUUAUUUUUGAACCUUUUUCAGAAUAUCAACAUGAUUAUUCAGAAUUUGAAAAAAAUUUUUUAAUUAGUGAACUUAAAAGAAUUCUUCAAAUAAAACGUGAUUCUAGUUCAAUUGAUUUGGCUAGAAUUAUGGCAGAAAAUAUUGGAAAAAUUUUUUCUAUGGCUGAUGAUGGAUUACAACGAUGUAUGACUCUUACUCAUGGUUUCGCUGGUGUUGGAUUAGUUGAUACGUUAAAUCAUUAUUUUAAUUCAUUUGUUAAAGAAUAUCAACAUUUAUUAGAUCACUUAAGAAUUGAUUGUGGUUUGAAUGAUGUUAAUAAUUCUAAACAAAAACUCGUCACAACAGCUCAAAAAAAGUUUCAAUCAUCUACUUCGAAUGAUUAUUUUGAUUUUGAUCAAGAUAAAUUACAACAAGAGGAUUGGUCUAAUUUUCAAAUUGGAUUAAGAUUAUUGGCAACUUGUAAAUUAGCUUUUGAUAAGUUAAAUACGUUCGAGGAAACUUUAAGGACGACAUUGAUUAGUGUCAAAGAAUUAAUAGAACAAGAUUUAGGUAACGAAGAUUUGGAAUGGUAUGAAAGGAGAUCGAGUGCAUCAAUUAGUGACUCAAAUUCUAUCGGAACACAAUCUUCAAUAUUAUUAUUAAAGCAAUCAUUGCUUAAUAGUUAUCAACUCGUCUCAUUACUUCCAAAUAUCGAAUCAAAAGGAAAUGAAUUAAAAUUAUUAUCGCCUGCUCAAAAAUCAAUGGAAAUUUUUAUAAGGCAAUCUCAACGGUUCGUUUUUGAUACAAUUUUCUUACCUAUAGUAAAACAUCUUUAUAAUCUACCUAUGAUGGAAAUUUGGAGCGCUGCUGCUGAACCUGCACAAGUCUCCCCGUUUAAUCUAGAGAUACCUACAUUUUCAUUGAGUCCAAGUGAAUAUAUUACGAGAAUUGGAGAGCAUCUAUUAACAUUACCACAACAAUUUGAGGUUUAUGCUGAUGAUGAAAGUUUAGCUUUUAGUAUAAAAUCAUUACCUUUUUGUGAUGAAGGUCCGGAGACUACCGAAACUAGUUCAAAAUCUUCUGUAUUGUCUUCAAUUAAAAUAGUAAGCGAAAGUACUGUGUCGCUUGUUGAUUCUUCCAUUGUUCAACAACCCCAAUCCACUGUUGAUGAUAUUUCAACUGAAGAAGUAACACAUGCGUGGAUAACCUCUGUUGCUAGAGGAACAAUGCAUGCAUUAUUCGAACGAAUUCUUCUGAUAACUCAAUUAUCAACACAUGGAACACAACAAUUAUUAACAGAUCUUGGAUACUUAACCAAUGUUUUGAGCGCCUUAGAAAUUGAACCUACAAGAGAAAUUAUAAAAACUAUUAAAGUUCUGGAAAUGGAUGAGGAUACCGUAGUUAACGCUUUAAGAGUAAAGAUGGGAAAUAUUAGCAGUCAGAGUGGAAGUUUGAUCGGUGAUUUUGAAGAAUUUUCUGAUGCAAAAAAUAGUGAAAUCUUGGAUAAAGUUGCUAAUGUUAGAGGAAUUAAAUUAUUAGAUCUAAGUUUUUGA